AUGGCAUCUCAUACGGCCCAAACGGUUUCCAAAGUCUUCAGCAAGGUGCAGAUCAAAGCCGACUUCUCGACUGGCUCUCACAAAGCAUGCGACGAAGACACGAUGCCCAACAUCGGCUGGAUCAUGCUGUACUGCGCAGUCUCUCUAUCAGUACGACUCGACCUUGUUGCAGCACAGCCAGAAAACUCACAAACUGCUGGUCAUCUUCGACGUAUUCUCGACAUGCCUCACACCCUUCGUCAGAUCGUCCUACGCAUGGAGUCUGCUUCAAACUCGAAUCCAGGGGAUGGUGAAUCAGAUCCAUACUUUGGUCUGGCGAGAAGAGCUCGACGUAUAGAGAGAUGGUAUCUUGAGCGUUGUGGUCCUGUCGAAUCGCCUGAAGUCGGAAGUCUUUUCGGAUCUACCGAGACAUCUCCUUCAAACCAAUUCACUGCAGAUAUUGGACUCACCCCAUCGUCCUUUCAAGAUCCUGGCCUUGUGCCAAGUCUUCAGAUAACAGGUGAAUCAGAUGAUACAUGGAUGACCAACAUAUUGGCAGAUCUCGAAGUUGACCCAGGGAUGGAAAGCUUGCUGUUCACUGGACCUUUUGACUUUCUCGGCGAGCGUCAACAAUAG